CGAGACGGAAGACGGGUAGGAUAAAACAGUGAGGAAGGUCUCGCUCUGUGCUGUUGACCGGUAAAAAGCUGGUGACUAAUCAUGUUCGCUCCGCUGAGGUUUGAUGGAAAAGUUGUUUUAAUAACUGGAGCUGGAGGAGGACUCGGGAGGGAGUAUGCUUUGGCCUUUGCUGAGAGAGGUGCCUUUGUUGUGGUGAAUGACCUUGGUGGAGACAUCAAGGGGGGUGGGAAGAGUUCAACUGCUGCAGACAAAGUGGUGGCAGAAAUAAAGGCCAAAGGUGGCACAGCAGUGGCAAACUAUGACUCUGUUGAGAAUGGAGAGAAGCUGGUCCAGACGGCCUUGGACACUUUUGGCAGAAUAGAUAUUGUGAUAAACAAUGCAGGGAUUCUGCGAGAUCGCUCCUUUAGCAGGAUGAGUGAAUUGGAUUGGGACCUCAUUAACAGAGUGCACCUGCGGGGCUCCUUUUUGGUUACCAGGGCCGCUUGGGAUCACAUGAAGAAGCAGAAGUUUGGAAGGAUCAUCAUGACCUCAUCGGCCGCAGGCAUCUAUGGGAACUUCGGCCAGGCAAACUACAGCACGGCCAAGCUUGGGCUGCUGGGCUUCUCCAACACAUUGGCCAUAGAGGGACAGAAGUACAACAUCUACUGCAACACCAUUGCCCCCACUGCAGGCUCUCGUCUCACACAGACCGUCAUGGCCCAAGAUUUGCUGGAUUUCUUUAAAGUGGAGUAUGUGUCCCCCCUGGUACUUUGGCUGUGUCAUGAGCAAUGUGAGGAGAAUGGGAGUCUUUUUGAGGUUGGAGGAGGCUGGAUUGCUAAAUUGCGCUGGGAGCGAACCCAGGGCGCCAUCCUGAGGCACCAGAACCAGUCUAUGAGCCCUGAGGCCGUGCGGGACCACUGGGAUAAGAUCUGCAACUUUCAGAAUGCCACCAAACCUGCCAGUGUCCAUGAGGCGAUGAACCAGUUGCUGGAGGUGCUCUCAGCUGUGGACAUUGACACAGGGCUGGCAGGCAAUCCAACUAGUGCUGUGGCCUCCACUGAGUUGGGUAUUCCUCUAUCGGCUGUGGGGCAGAAACUUGCAGAGGUGGAGUUCAGUUAUUCAAACAUGCAGACCAUCCUUUAUGCCCUGGGAGUUGGCAUGUCCACCAAGGAGCCUGACCACCUCAAAUUCUUGUAUGAGGGUGACUCGGAAUUCAGCUGCCUGCCCACCUUCGGCGUCAUUCCCUCCCAAUCCGUCCUAGCACACGGGGGCUUGAGCACCAUCAAGGGCCUCAAUAUCGACUACACCCGGCUUCUGCAUGGAGAGCAUUAUCUUGAGCUCUAUAAACCACUCCCCACCUCAGGGAAACUGACCUCACGGGGAAUGAUUGCUGAUGUUCUGGACAAAGGAUCUGGAAUGGUCGUCCUCGUGGAUGCUCACACAUAUAAUGGCCAGGAGCUCGUGUGCUACAAUCAGUUCACCCUGUUCCUCGUGGGUAUGGGCGGCUUUGGGAAGAAGACAUCCGAUAAAGCAAAGAACAUAGUGGCAAUCCCAAAUCGCGCCCCAGAUGCAGUGGUGACGGACCAGACCACCAGAGACCAGGCUGCAUUGUAUCGUCUGAGUGGCGAUUUUAACCCACUGCACAUAGAUCCCAGCUUUGCAGCUCUGGGAGGCUACAAAACACCCAUUCUUCAUGGGCUCUGCUCCUUUGGUUUCGCCGCUCGCCAUGUUUUGAAGCAUUAUGCGAACAAUGAUGUGUCUAAGUUCAAGUCCAUCAAGGUGCGCUUCGUGAAGCCGGUGUUACCUGGUCAGACCCUGCAGACGGAGAUGUGGAAGGAGGGCAGCCGAAUCCACCUUCAGUGCAGGAUCAAAGAGACUGGAGAUGUGGUUUUAACAAGUGCAUAUGUAGAUCUUCAGGACAUCACAGAUGCGGCACCUUUGGACAGACUCCCAGAGACAAGGGGCCUGCAGAGCGACCUUGUGUUUGCAGAGAUCGGGCACCGCAUCAAAGACUUUGGGCCAGAGCUGGUGAGGAAGGUCAACGCAGUCUUCCAGUGGGAGAUCACCCAAGGGGGACGCACCGCAGCGCAGUGGACUAUUAAUUUAAAAAGCGGGACUGGGUCCCUGCAAAAGGGUCCGUACAGCGGCAAGCCAGACGUUACCUUCACCCUUUCUGAUGAAGACUUCAUGAAGGUGGUUCAGGGAAAGUUGGACCCACAGAAGGCCUUUUUUGCUGGCAAGCUGAAGGCAAAGGGCAACAUCAUGCUGAGCCAGAAGCUGGAGACCAUUCUGAAGGACUAUGCCAAGUUCUGAGGUUGUAAAACAAGCAGCUAAGAGCUCUUGGCUACAAAUGAUCAUGUCAUGUUCUAUCCAGCUCUGAGAUGAAACAUCAGGAGGCUGUACUUGAUAUGGAUAAAAUGAAAGUGCACAUAACUGCUUUCAUUUAUGGUUUUGUUUGAUUAAUUUCCAAGUUUCCAACAAUAAACUACUGAUUCAGUUGAAGAGUUAUACUUUUCACUAUGCAUUGAAAAAUGGACUAUUGUGAUCUGUGUACUUACUGCUGCACUAAUGUAAGUAAUACUGCUAGAGGACCUAAAUAAAUCAGCAUUUCACCAUU